AUGCACAAACAAAUCAUAUUAUUUAUUGUUUUAUUCUUUACCAUCUUUGGUCUAUCUACAGCCACUUUGGGUGUUGAUAUCUCUACCCAAACCAAUAGUUCUACUUUUGAUUGUCUAAAAUCAAAUAGUUUUACAUAUGUCAUUAUUCGUGGUUUAAAAUAUGGUCAACCUGAUCCAAAUGGCCCAGAAUCUAUUGAAAAUGCUUGGGAUGGUGGUAUGACCAAAGUAGAUGUUUAUGCAAUGCCAUGUCCUUUAUGCGUUAGUAGAAGUGGAUAUAGUCAAGUAUUUGGUAUGAUCCAAUCGAUCAAGGCAUACAAUGCCAAGUUUGGAUUGGUAUGGAUUGAUGUACAAGGUCCAGGAUACUGGUCCCUCUACCCAGAUGAAAACCAAGCAUUCUUUAAAUCUAUGGUGAUGGGAGCCAAUGCUGCUGGUUAUGCUGUCGGUGUAUACACGUCGGCUGAGCAAUGGUCCCAAAUCAUGGGUCAAUGGGAUGGUGCUGCCUCAUUCCCACUCUGGUAUUCCAACUUGGAUAACAUACCAUCGUUCUCUGACUUUUCACCUUUCGGCGGAUGGAUCAAUCCAACCAUCAAACAAUACAAUAGUGAUGUUGUCGAAUGUGGUUUGACACAAAGACAAGGUAAUUAA